AAUACACAAUAACAUAAAAUCUGCACACACCCGUUAAGUGACUUAACGCAGUUCGUUUGUUUAAAUUUAUUUGUCAUGCAUAUAAGACAAUUGUCAAUAGUGUUAUAGUUUAUAGCUAGAGACAGAUAAGGAAAUGAUUACAUCUAUCUGGUUAUUAGUGCUUAUAAAUUAUGUUGACACCACUGAAGACAAAACUGAUAUCUGCGCAAAGGAAUAUAUGGUUCAGAUUGAGGAAAAAUGGUUGGAAUAUGUCAAACAACGAUCGGAAGAGUUGGGUUGGAAAUACAAAAAGAAGAUUGUAUCCAACAUACAUCUGUUUGAAGCUGAACACACAACAGAUAAAAAGAGAAGUAUACAGCACUUUAGACAAGAUUUUGGAAAGAAGGUAUUACAAGUAGAAUCCAGGGCAUGUUCUAAGUUGCGUUUUGUUCCUUGGUUGAACGAAUCUCCAGCACCCCCAAACUUUAAACAGUGGCUUCUAACAACUAGAUCAGAACCUAAGUUGAGAAAAACUUGGCCAUACUAUGGAAUGAACAUACAAGAAGCAUGGUCCAUGGGAUUGACGGGACAAGACAUUAAGGUGGCGAUUGUUGACAGUGGUGUGGAACUAAAACAUAAAGAUCUGGAAAAAAAUAUUGACAGAAAACUGUCUACAAGCUUUGCAGAGGAUGAUUCGAAAGACGGAAAUACAGAAAGGUUACAUUCUUAUCCAGAGACAGACGUAUACACAAGUCACGGAACAAAAGCUGCAGGGCUUGUGGCGGCAGAAUUUGGUAAUGGGGAUUGCUCCGCAGGAGUGGCGUUUAAUGCUACGAUAAUUUCACUGAAAGUAUUUAAGUGCAAAGAAACAAGCUGCAUCACGCAUUCUGGUGUAAUAUUUCCAGACGACCAUAUAGCGCAGGCUCUUGAAUAUAAAAGAAAUGAAAUAGAUAUAUACUCCUGCAGCUUCGGACUUGCGAAUAUGUUUUCCGAAUCUACAAGUCAUAUUAAAGCAGUAUUGAAAGAAGGCGUUGCAGAGGGUCGAAAAGGAAAAGGCAGCAUAUAUGUAUUUUCUGCCGGGAAUCGUGGAAACGUGUAUGAUUGCAAUACUGUACCGUACACAAACAGUAUUUACACCAUCACCAUAGCAAGCGUCGGGAAAGGUGGCACCAAACCAAAAUAUUCCAUGCCAUGUUCUAGUGUACUUGCUUCGACUUACGGCGAGUAUAACACUUAUAACGGAACUAGAUAUUUGGAGACAACAACUUUGGACGAUAAAUGCGACAAGUUCACUGGUACCUCAGCGUCCGCCGCUCUAGCAUCUGGGAUAAUCGCACUUGUGUUGCAAGCUAAUAAAAACUUGACAUGGAGGGAUGUACAGCACAUUGUGGUGAUGUCAUCAUCCUUUGAAAGAUUGAAAUACCAUAGACAGACUGCAGAAAACGGCAACGGCCUAACAUAUAAUCCUCACUUUGGUUUCGGACUUAUGGAUGCAGCAAAGGCCAUUUUACUGGCACAGAACUGGACAACUGUUCCUGAAAUGAUGAGUUUAACAUUAAAUUUUCAAAGAUCACCCAGAAAAAAUGUACGUGUGUACGAAGUACGUUCCAAAAGUUGUGGCAGAUGUUGUUUACAAUAUAUUGAGCAUGUAAGAGUCAACCUUGUCUACAACAUACAAAUACGUCUGGAGAGCCAUCUUGAAAUCAGUCUGAGCUCGCCAUCAGGGACACGGUCGGUUCUUUUGCACAGAGUUAAAAGGCAGUCAGAUAAAAGUAACAGUAUCGUCAGAAAUUGGAAUUUCACAUCAGUGCAGUUUUGGGGAGAAAAACCGUACGGGAACUGGACUUUGCGCAUGAAAUUUCGUGGCGUGCAAUACACUGAUGAUGUCAACGUGUUUUGGCUUGGACCUGCUUCUCUGACAUUGUAUGGUACUAUAGCGGACCCAUAUUCAAAUGUUGCACGUGUCUCAACAUUCUAUGAAGCUAAUUGUAAAACCUGGAGUGAUCGUCAGGAUAUAUCAUCAACGGCCAGUACUACACAACAUGAUAGCGAAGGUGGUUUGGAACCUGAAGUCUUACCUGAAGACGAGAAAUACCUCUUUAUGAAUGUAGUUAGCAUUGCUUUUUGUUUAUGUGUUAUUUUAUGCGUAUGUUUUGUUACCUGUCUUAGUACACACAAACCACCAGUUGAACAGUGAUCAUUGGGUCAUGUAAAUUGUUUUAUUCUCUGUGGGCAUAGAUGUUUGAUUAUUCGAAGACAUGUGGGAAACACAUAUGCGUCGGUAUAUCUAAAUGGAAAAAUGUCAAGUUAUUCUGCACGAUCUGAUAUUCAGAGUUAUGUUUAACAAGUACAGGCUGAACGUGCGCGUCUAAAUUGUGUGGACAUUACAUUGUGCUGAAUGUUGGCACUCGAAUUUAUUAAAACAAAGUAUGAAUAAUCCUACACUAUAAACUUACAAAUAUGUGAAGUGUUCCAGUUAAUUAAUGAGAUUCAGUCACAUACAAGCACCGGUAACUUACCAUGCAUGAAGCUCCAAUGUAAAACAAAAAAUCAGUAAGCUAGAGAGUUGUUGAUACGCAGUAUGCGAGGGAUUUAACAGUCCUGAAUAAUUGGCAGUAAAAUAUUUAAAACUUUUCCACUGUUUGGCAAUGUGUAAUUGUUGUGCAUUAUAAAAGGAGAUUAGUAAAUAUUCAGUCCUGAAUUAAUUGGCAGUAAAAUAUUUAAAACUUUUCCACUGUGGCAAUGUGUAAUUGUUGUGCAUUAUGAAAGGAGGUUAGUAAAUAUUCAGUCCUGCAUUAAUUGGCAGUAAAAUAUUUAAAACUUUUCCACUGUUUGGCAAUGUGUAAUUGUUUUGCAUUAUAAAAGGAGAUUAGUAAAUAUUCAGUCCUGAAUAAUUUGGCAGUAAAAUACUUAAAACUUAUCCACUGUUUGGCAAUGUGUAAUUGUUGUGCAUUAUAAAAGGAGAUUAGUAAAUACUCAGUCCUGAAUUAAUUGGCAGUAAAAUAUUUAAAACUUUUCCACUGUUUGGCAAUGUGUAAUUGCUGUGCAUUAUAAAAGGAGAUUAGUAGAUAUUCAGUCCUGAAUUAAUUGGCAGUAAAAUAUUUAAAACUUAUCCACUGUUUGGCAAUGUGUAAUUGUUGUGCAUUAUAAAAGGAGAUUAGUAAAUAUUCAGUCCUGAAUUAAUUGGCAGUAAAAUAUUUAAAACGUUUCCACUGUUUGGCAAUGUGUAAUUGUUGUGCAUUAUGAAAGGAGAUUAGUAAAUAUUCAGUCCUGAAUUAAUUGGCAGUAAAAUAUUUAAAACUUUUCCACUGUUUGGCAAUGUGUAAUUGUUGUGCAUUAUAAAAGGAGAUUAGUAAAUAUUCAGUCCUGAAUUAAUUGGCAGUAAAAUAUUUAAAACUUUUCCACUGUUUGGCAAUGUGUAAUUGUUGUGCAUUAUAAAAGGAGAUUAGUAGAUAUUCAGUCCUGAAUUAAUUGGCAGUAAAAUAUUUAAAACUUUUCCACUGUUUGGCAAUGUGUAAUUGUUGUGCAUUAUAAAAGGAGAUUAGUAAAUAUUCAGUCCUGAAUUAAUUGGCAGUAAAAUAUUUAAAACGUUUCCACUGUUAGGCAAUGUGUAAUUGUUGUGCAUUAUAAAAGGAGAUUAGUAGAUAUUCAGUCCUGAAUUAAUUGGCAGUAAAAUAUUUAAAACGUUUCCACUGUUAGGCAAUGUGUAAUUGUUGUGCAUUAUAAAAGGAGAUUAGUAGAUAUUCAGUCCUGAGUUAAUUGGCAGUAAAAUAUUUAAAACUUUUCCACUGUUUGGCAAUGUGUAAUUGUUGUGCAUUAUGAAAGGAGAUAAGUAAAUAUUCAGUCCUGCAUUAAUUGGCAGUAAAAUAUUUAAAACGUUUCCACUGUUUUGCAAUGUGUUAUUGUUGUGCAUUAUGAAAGGAGAUUAGUAAAUAUUCAGUCCUGCAUUAAUUGGCAGUAAAAUAUUUAAAACGUUUCCACUGUUUGGCAAUGUGUAAUUGUUGUGCAUUAUGAAAGGAGAUUAGUAAAUAUUCAGUCCUGAAUUAAUUGGCAGUAAAAUAUUUAAAAUGUUUCCACCCUUUGUCAAUGUGUCAUUGUUGUGCAUUAUAAAAGGAGAUUAGUAAAUAUUCAGUCCUGAAUUAAUUGGCAGUAAAAUAUUUAAAACUUUUCCACUGUUUGGCAAUGUGUAAUUGUUGUGCAUUAUGAAAGGAGAUUAGCAAAUAUUCAGUCCUGAAUUAAUUGGCAGUAAAAUAUUUAAAACUUUUCCACUGUUAGGCAAUGUGUAAUUGUUGUGCAUUAUAAAAGGAGAUUAGUAGAUAUUCAGUCCUGAAUUAAUUGGCAGUAAAAUAUUUAAAACGUUUCCACUGUUAGGCAAUGUGUAAUUGUUGUGCAUUAUAAAAGGAGAUUAAUAGAUAUUCAGUCCUGAGUUAAUUGGCAGUAAAAUAUUUAAAACUUUUCCACUGUUUGGCAAUGUGUAAUUGUUGUGCAUUAUGAAAGGAGAUAAGUAAAUAUUCAGUCCUGCAUUAAUUGGCAGUAAAAUAUUUAAAACGUUUCCACUGUUUGGCAAUGUGUUAUUGUUGUGUAUUAUGAAAGGAGAUUAGUAAAUAUUCAGUCCUGCAUUAAUUGGCAGUAAAAUAUUUAAAACGUUUCCACUGUUUGGCAAUGUGUAAUUGUUGUGCAUUAUGAAAGGAGAUUAGUAAAUAUUCAGUCCUGAAUUAAUUGGCAGUAAAAUAUUUAAAACGUUUCCACCCUUUGGCAAUGUGUAAUUGUUGUGCAUUAUAAAAGGAGAUUAGUAAAUAUUCAGUCCUGAAUUAAUUGGCAGUAAAAUAUUUAAAACUUUUCCACUGUUUGGCAAUGUGUAAUUGUUGUGCAUUAUGAAAGGAGAUUAGCAAAUAUUCAGUCCUGAAUUAAUUGGCAGUAAAAUAUUUAAAACUUUUCCACUGUUUGGCAAUGUGUAAUUGUUGUGCAUUAUAAAAGGAGAUUAGCAAAUAUUCAGUCCUGAAUUAAUUGGCAGUAAAAUAUUUAAAACUUUUCCACUGUUUGGCAAUGUGUAAUUGUUGUGCAUUAUAAAAGGAGAUUGGUAAAUAUUCGGGUCAGUACAUUUUUUUUUAUCAUAUUUGAACAUUUUUACAUAUUGCACUGCCAGUUUGCAAACCUUUCCUUUGCCGUGUGACAUUCAUAAAGACACUUGCUACAAGUUGCUUUUUUAUUUUACUUUCGUAUAUUGUAUGUCGUUUACAGUUAUAUGUAUACACUUUGUUAAAUAAAUCUAAUUUAUCUUU